CUCCUCUGGGCUCGAAAAGAAACCCUUAUUAUCGCGCCCCCGCAAAUCAUAUCAUGGCCUUUGAAUUAAUCAAACAUAUAUUCAACUUUUUCUAUCCCAACGAGAAGAGAAUCAAAAUUAUCCAGAUCGGCCGGGUCCGCUGCUGAGUUUUGGGGACCUCAUACCCUGCUAUGACCGUUCAGACACGAAGUCUAUACCACGCCGGCGUACCCGAAGUGUUAGUCCUUCUGCAGCCCGAACAAAUCAACGCCGUGGUCCGGAUCAAUCAUCCAAUUCACUACGUCCCAAAUCUGGCGGUGGAGAUGAGUUAUGGGACCCAUGGCCGGACGGUGACUUUGAAAGUAUUCACAUGGGAGGAGGUAUUAAGAACUGACAAUCUUAGUGAACAUUGGGCUUGUCAGCCAGGAGGAGGAGGCAAGAGGGGGUCAGAGUCGGCACUCGUGUGGUCGCAAGGUAAAAAGACGAGACGUGUUUACCUGGAUGUCAUCACUUGUGAUGAACCUACCUGUGAGGUAGUCACACGUCCGCAGACCCGUCGGGCUGGUAUCAUAGGACAACUCAAUGGAUCGUGCCUUUGUGGUAGUCAGCUCAAGCACAUCGACUGCGGUGUCAUAUCAGUGUUGUAUUCAUUCAAAGGAGGCGUCUACUACAUUCACAAGGGCAUUCACCACCAUCCGAAACAAACUCACAUCUUGCAUCUAUCUCCUGACGAGCGGACAAGAUUCGAACAAAUAGUCUUCGAAAAUCCUGCUGCUGGCCCUGCGGCAUUAAUUGCUGGUCGCAAUAGCCUUACUGGUACCCGUGAAUCUGUUGCAAUAAUCUCCACAGUGCUUCUCAACCAGGACCGUGUCAAGGCUGAGCUGCAAGCACUACGGGGCAAUGUUGGCAAAGGAGCUCUGGCUCGUCUCGGGAAGUAUUGGUAUCCUGUGCGGCUGAUUCAGUCCUAUGACACUGUUAGUCUCCCUGCUAGUGCACGCAACCGAGUACGCUGGCGGGUGGUCUGGUGGCGCGGUUGCAGAUUCCCAUUAAGUUUGGGAUCACCUCCUGGUGAUGUUGAGCAAGGAGAUCUCGAGGAUGAACUUUGGCAGGACCAAGCUAAGAGGCGUGAGAUUCGCCUCGGAGAAUGGAUCCACUCUUGGGAUACCCCUCGCGAAGAAGACUUGAUUCAAAACUUUAUGUCAGCGGAAGUAUCAAAAGAACUGGACGACAUUCUACUACCGCAUAUUGCUUCGCUUCAGAAGCUCCUCGACAGUCCAGACUUGAACCAAUAUGGUGCGGAGGCAUACCCCGUGAUAGACUACAUCUUGCGAUCGAAGAAGAAGCCAGAUGGUGUGGGUGCAUACAGCAUACCGUUUUGUGGUGACAUCUCAUCUCACGAGUAUGCCAAAAUUGCACGUUGGUUCUCGGAGAAUGUUCCUGGUGCUUCCGGUCAAGUCAAAAAAUGGCUUGGUGGCAUGCCUUUGGUGCAUGCUUUCACUCUCGUGGUUGCUCAUCGAAAGGCCAGUGAUUUCGAAAAACGCAUCGAAGCUCGAAACGAAGAAUGGAACGAUAACAUGCUGUUGAAGAUGGCUUGGGCUGAUCUCAUGAUAAGCUAUCCUACCAAAAGCUUCGUGGCUGAUGUCGACCUCGAGUGUCUGACCGCACUAGAAGCAAGGAUGUUCGAGGAUUCCGAAGAAGCAGGACCUGCAGGCAACCAGCAGUGGGGUUUGGAUGCUGGCCAACAUCACAGGCGACGGAAUGUGUAUCUCGGAAUUCCUGAUGAAUGGGUUUCUGCAAGAGAUUAUAGCGAGAGUGAACUUGAACGCGGCCCCUUAUUCAGUGAUAACUCUGAUGUUACAUCUUUGGAGUCUGCAGAUGAGCUAUCCGAAGCUGUAGUUCCUUCUCUGCCUGUUGAAGAAUGUCCGCCCGUUAAACGUCGAUGUGCUCCACAGGCUCGAAGGGUCCAGAGAGGGAGGAAAAGAAAAUAGUCAUUGGCUUAUGUAUACCUAGUUGUACAUGGCUCUGAGGCAAAUAAAAUAACAAAAGAAUGGUCGUGAACUCAUCCAACUUGAUCUGGAAGUUGGAUAUAGAAUAUAGGAAUGGCGCGUCAGUGGCCGCGUCAAGGAUCGUCAGUGCCGCGUCACAUCCGCGUCACGCAAAAUCCGGCCCAGUAUAACGAAUUGUUACUAUAAUCAAAUUACAUACG